UUGGAGUUUAGAUUCGCAAUUUACAUUUUUAUCAUAAAAUACCUCCUCAUUCACUAAAUAUUUAUCUCUCCUACUUGGGGUGAACAAUCCCCUAACACACUCAUACAAACAAAUCUACUUUUAAACGUUCUGUCUCUCGAGCAUCCGCUUGGUGUUUGUAGCUUUAGCCUGCUAGCACCGCUGGUCAGCUAAAGCUACCAACCUCUUUCACUCACUUAUUUUCUCACUUUCUGGCUUUGCUCUUCACCUUGUACAAUGUCGCUUGCGUGUCUGUCCUUGAGUGCAGGAGAGGCAUCGAUGGAGGCGCUGGAGCUGGAGCUGGAAGCGGUGGAGUCCCAGAUUCGCUUGCUGGAGACGAAGCGAGAGGGCAUCAGAGCUCUGCUCUUAACCCGUACUCGCUCGUCUGAGGUAAGUGUUCGAUACAACGACAAUCUCCCUGUUUCCUCAACCCCGUGUGCUUCUCUGUCCAGGCCCAGCGCACCGAGGACGCGGUUCACCCAGGCAUCGUUCACGCCGACUCCCGGCUACCACGGCCCCUGGGUGCAGCCGCGUAAGGUGCUUACCAGGUCCCGGGGCAGAACGUCUCCUCCUCCGGUGUUCGAGAUCCCCACGGAGAACCGCUUCGCCCCUCUCCGCGAGACAGGUCGCGAUGUUGCCAUCAUUGGCGACUCAAUCGUGCGCCACGUCCGCUCCACUUCCUCCAAAGGUAACAAAGUACGCACUUUCUGCUUCCCUGGUGCCCGAGUUAAGAAUAUUUCUGCACAGAUACCUACUAUCCUGAGCGCUGCCGAGAGCCUCGGUGCCGUUGUCCUCCACGUGGGGACGAACGACACCGGGCUCCGGCAGACGGAGAUCCUGAAGAAGGACUUCAGGAGCCUGAUCGAGACGGUUCGACGCACCUCGCCCGCCACGCAGAUCAUCGUUUCUGGACCGCUUCCUACCUACCGCCGAGGAAAUGAAAGGUUCAGUAGACUUUUUGCUCUGAAUGAAUGGCUAUUAACAUGGUGUGAAGAACAGAAAUUGCUCUUUGCCAAUAACUGGAAUCUUUUCUGGGAGCGUCCUAGGCUUUUCCGCGCUGACGGGCUGCACCCCAGUCGAGCUGGAGCUGAACUCCUGUCGGACAACAUCACCAGAAUACUUCGCUCUAUCUGACUAACUAUGCAGAGUCACUGAUUCGAUCCAAGACCAACGACGAGAUGAUCCCAAGGUUUCCAUAUCCUGGACCAGGCCGAAUCCUGAGCAGCUACUGU